GGCGGGGAGGGCAGUGCCGGGUGCGCCGUUCAGCAGCGCGCCAGGGACGGAGCCGGGACCGCGGCCGGAGGAGGAGCUGCGCCGAGCCGGGAGCCCCGCGGAGCCGCCGGCCGAGCGCGGCCGCACCGAGGUGCAACAGGCGGGGCGGCGGCGGGCGAUGGCAGCCGGCGGCGAGGCCGCCCACUGAAGGCGAAGCGGGGCGAGGCGGCGGCGCAGAGCGGGGCAGAGCGGGCGGGAUGCGGGCGGAGGAGCCGCUGGCGCUGGCGGCCCCGCGGGCCGGCGGCGGCGAGGCUGAGGCGCCGGGCGAGGAGCGGAGCGGCGGGAGCUGCUGCAGCAGCGAGCGGCUGGUGAUAAACAUCUCGGGGCUGCGCUUCGAGACGCAGCUGCGGACCCUCUCCAUCUUCCCCGACACGCUGCUGGGCGACCCCAGCCGCCGGGUACGCUACUUCGACCCGCUCCGCAACGAGUACUUCUUCGACCGCAACCGGCCCAGCUUCGACGCCAUCCUCUACUACUACCAGUCUGGGGGGCGGCUCCGCCGGCCGGUCCAUGUGCCCCUCGACAUCUUCCUGGAGGAGAUCCGCUUCUACCAGCUGGGCCAGGAGGCCAUUGAGACCUUCCGGGAGGACGAGGGUUUCAUUCAAGAGGAGGAGAAGCCCCUGCCCCAGCAUCACUUCCAGCGCCAGGUCUGGCUGCUCUUUGAGUACCCCGAGAGCUCCGGGCCAGCCCGGGCCAUCGCCAUUGUCUCCGUGUUGGUCAUCCUGAUCUCCAUCGUUAUCUUCUGCCUGGAGACCCUGCCCGAGUUUCGGCAGGAGCCCAAGGGCCCCCAGCCCGGCUUUGGGGAAGCGGCGCCGCCCGGCGACGAGGCGCUGCUGCUGCUGCCACCGCCGCCGGCGCCGAGCGGGACUCCGCCGCCCCUGCGCCCCGCCGCCGGCGCCGGGCCCUUCUUCACCGACCCCUUCUUUCUCAUCGAGACCCUGUGCAUCAUCUGGUUCUCCUUUGAGCUCCUCGUCCGCUUCUUCGCCUGCCCCAGCAAACCCGAAUUCUCCCGCAACAUCAUGAACAUCAUCGACAUUGUGGCCAUCAUCCCCUACUUCAUCACCCUGGGCACUGAGCUGGCCCAGCAGCAGCAACAGAAGCAGCAGCCUGGGAGCAGCAGCAACAAUGGGGGCCAGCAGCAAGCCAUGUCCCUGGCCAUCCUCAGAGUCAUCCGCUUGGUCAGAGUCUUCAGGAUCUUCAAGCUCUCCAGGCACUCCAAGGGGCUGCAGAUCUUGGGGAAGACCCUCCAGGCCAGCAUGAGGGAGCUGGGCCUCCUCAUCUUCUUUCUCUUCAUUGGAGUGAUCCUCUUCUCCAGUGCUGUCUACUUUGCGGAGACUGAUGACCCUGACUCCCUGUUCACCAGCAUCCCUGAUGCUUUUUGGUGGGCUGUGGUGUCCAUGACCACUGUGGGCUAUGGGGACAUGUAUCCCAUGACAAUUGGUGGCAAGAUUGUGGGCUCCCUUUGUGCCAUCGCGGGUGUGCUCACCAUUGCUCUCCCUGUCCCUGUCAUCGUGUCCAACUUCAACUACUUCUACCACCGAGAGACUGAUCAUGAAGAGCAGUGCCAGUACACGCAUGUCACCUGUGGCCAGCAGCAGUCACCCUUCUCUGAGCCCAAGAAGGGGGACAGUAAUCAGUCUCUCAGCAAAUCUGAAUUCCUGGAAGCAGAAGACCUGGAGUCCAUGAAAUAUUCCAACUUCAUUCCUCCCAACAACCAGGGGUAUAAGGAGAAGAAAAUGCUGACAGAGGUGUGAUCAGUUUUGUUAGCCUGGGUCCAGACAUGGAGCUGCAAGCUGCUGCACAGCCGUCUUCCUACUAGCAGCUGGAUCUAUUCAGCAUUUACAUGCCAGACUGUGAACUGUGAUACCAUAAACAGAAUGAUUGUGAUAAUGGGCUCUUCUGUCCUGAUUUACUGUUUCUCAUUACCGUGUGCAGUUCUUGCUUUAUUCUAUGGAGUGCUAGCUGUCAUCCUCCACUCCCUUGUGAAUUUCUUUCUCUGUUUUUGAAGACUGCUUUAAUUCAACAUUUGCUGUGAAACUUAGCCUAUCUACUCCACUAGCAGAGAAGCCCUUGCCACUACUUCAGCUGAAGGAUUCAGCAGGGAGUAAACAGUUAAAGGGGCUACAAACAUCUGGCUCAAGCUGUGCCCUUGGUUCCUGUGGCAGUGCAGUGCCUUGUCUGUGGGAUCAGUCACGCCUGCCAUGCCAUUGCCUUUGAAUAAUGGAAACGCUGUAGCCAGCAUCACAGUGAGUUCUGCAGCUGUAAGAGAAAGUCAGCAAGCAGAUGCCUGCCUUCUUUGCAACCCUUGGCAUGCUGAAGAUCCUCUUGGUUUGUGUUUCAAGAAAGAUGCAUAGAUCUAAAAGCUCUUUGCUACUUGUGACCAUAUAUGAUUUAUCAAAAACAGGCUUAUAGAAAUCAACAGGCUUGGUGAAGAUUUUCUGUGUUUUUCAGCUUAUUUCAGCCUUAUUUUUGCCAGUGUCCUGAUGUUAAUUGGCUUUUAUUGUGCCAACUUAAUCUUCACAGUGGUAAGUGCCUUCUGACGCAAGGCACAUUUGAGUAAGUUCAUUUGUUAUCUCUGCAGUUUAUCUCCACACAAUAUCGUUUAAUGAAAUGUGCUUUGUGCUUCAGAUACCCAGUUCUGUAGUAAGGCAUGUGAGAGCAAUUUACUCCACUGUGUUUUUACUGAAGCAUUUGUAUAGGUUAGGGAAGUUUGCCUGUUGGUAUUUUGUUGACAUGGCUAAAAAACCUGGGCCACAGGCAGCUGCACCUCUGCUGUCUGAAUCCUGCACUGAUUUAGCAGGUCACAAGCAUAAAUUGCCCCAGGGUAAAGUGUGUCAACAUUUGAGACUGAGAUUGGCACAGAUACAAAGUUCCCUAAGCCAUCUGCACAAACCCAGCAGCAUACCCCAGACCUUUCAAAUGAGGGGAGAAACAGCUAGCCUUGAAGAGAUGCUUUUGCUGCAUUACUCAUUUAGCCAGUUCUGGGUAUUUCAUGGUCAGAAGGCACAGGAAUGUCUUUUGCAUGAACUAGGUUUUAUGAGAGCAAUCUAUGUUAGCAAUGCAAAAUGCAUAGCUUGUCCUGCAGUGCUGGGUUUGCCAAGGGACCAGGGGGUUGCAUCUUAAAAUGCACAUCUUGCUUCCUAGAUCAUUUCAGUUUUUUUAAUCAGCUUUGCCUUACCCCAAACUUUAAAAUGUUCCGAAUGCUGCCAGCAGGCGAGAAGGAGAAAUGGAUGCUUUCAGAUUCUAUGGGCAAAUUUUCCUGCAAGGGAAAGUCUUUCUUGUUUUAAAUCUAAGUGUAAAUUCUGCAUUCACGUGUGUGCAUGUGUAUGAAAGCAAAGGCAGCCAUUAAUGCCUUGCAUCAUACUGUGUGAUAUGCGUAUUAGAAUGUACUACAUAUUGCAUGUGACUCAUGUAAUACAUAAACCAGACAUAAUAUCAAGGUGCAAAAUAUAUAGAAUACAUUUUAUGUAUAUUUUAUGCUUUUCAACCAUAAGGCUAAGAAUGCUAAAAGCAUAUAAUUUAAUAUAAUCAGAAUAGUCUAUAGAACUGGUUGUAAGACGGGAUCUGUUUGCAUCUUUGUUACCCUGCGUGUUUUUUGUUGUCUUGAGAUCUGGCUCCAUGCCUAGAGUGCUUUUAUUGUGGCCUCUCCUCAUCUGGGCCCUGAUCAUAUGGUAGAAGUUGUUUGUGUAAAUCCUAACUGCUGUAUUUCUUCAGAGUCCCAUUGUCUUCUCAAAGGUUUUUAGUGUACAGGGAUCUCCCCUGGGGUCAGCGCACAACCUUUAUAUUAAAACCUCUGUUCUCUCUUGCUGAAAUCAGUAGCAAAAUGUCACUUGUCUCAGUUACUGCAGAUCAGUCUGGGAGACACAACUGUGAUGUGAUGAGGGAUCUAUAGCUGAGAGGAGUUUGCCUGAAUACAUAGGUGCCUAAUUCCUCUUUGUUUCAUUGGGACUGAGGCAAACGUCUGAAGGUCUGGGCUUUGGGAGCCAUUCUGCAUCCCUUGAAGCAUGUAACCAGCUGGUGGGUAAGUAAUCCUGAUGGAUAAGUGGGACUGAGGAAGGGUUAGCACAGUGGCAUCUCUGUAAAAUGUUGUCUUGGUCAUUGAGUUAGUUUAGUAAAAGGCUGUUGUUGUUCUGAGUUGUGUUUCAGGAUCACUAUAAUGAAAUCUUUUAUGUGAGUGCAGGAGAGCGACUUCUUUUCGCAUUUUGUGUUGCUCAAGCAGAUGUUCUAGAAACUAGCAAAAGAAUGUGCUAUUUAAGAGGGAUGUUUCAAGGCUCCUGCUGUCUCCUAGUAGAAUGCCCAUGUUUGGGGUUAUUUUAUGCCUGAGUAUAUCAGCUGAUAAAAGUUUCCCCAAAGUAAGAUAUAAAAAACUGAGGUUAAGCACAAGUUCAGGAGGAGCCUACGUCAGAAAAUUCCUGUGCUCAUUUCUUCCCUUGGGCCUGACCCCAUUGCCCCUGCCAGGCAGGAAGGAGCCCUCCCUGCUCAUAGCAGGUUGUUCUUCCAACCACCAUGACAGACGGCUGGGCACGGAGCCUUCGGCAAAAGAAAAGAUGAGAGAUAAGUUACUGGUAGCAUAAUCCCAGCAUGUCUUAGAAAGAUGAGCUUGGAAAGAGAUUUCCUGCUCUCAGGUGAAAUUCAGCACUGAGUUUGUAGCUGGAGUAUUGUGGUUUCUGAAAAUCUCCAUACAGACACAUGCAUGCUUGCAGAUGCACACACAAAUCACUGCUGCGAAUGAACUCUGUUGCAACCAGGCAGCUUUGUGUAAUUUUUGCCAUCCACAUUUUCCAGUUCUGAAAAGAAAGUGCAAAUGAAAAUGUGAAAACAGGAAUGGUGUUUGCUCCCUGGGUUUUCUGUGUUAGAGCCAAGAGAGAUAUAAAAAGCCAACAGAAGCUUGGAAACUGUAACCUUGGGACUUCAUUUGGCCCUGCAAAUCCUUCUCUAAGCACCUUCUGAAAAGCAAGGCAGUGAAAUCCCGGAGUAGGCAAUAACAUUAUAUGCUAUAGAACUUCUGGAAUUCAAUAUUUUUAUUAAGGAGCCUUCAGAUUUUGUUUGCAAGUGACUGAAGGGACAUAGUGGCACCACUGCCACUGGCUUCAGAGAGGACUUUUGUCGCCAAAUCACAGUGUCGCUUUCAAAAAUCUUACCUCAAGUUCUCAACCCUUAGCACUCAUUCCUGGAUGUCCAGAAUCCAAAUCUGUCUGUCUAGCUGUUUCCUUCUGAAGGCAGAGCACAUCCUCAUGAAGCAAAGUAGGCACCUCCAGGGACUUGUUUCCAUAACAACCUCCCAGACUGUUUCUCUUUAGCCUGUGACAGUGGCUACAAGCAAAAGCACUCAUUGCGUAUUUUCAGCUUUCAGAUGUUAGCACCUUGUCUUUAUAGCUGUUUCUUUGCUUACUGAACAUGAUCCCACCACCUUAUAUCAUGUACAACUGUCCUGUCCAACUUCAGACAGACAGUUGUCAGCAUGUGAAAGCAAAGAGUGCAAACCAGGAGAUGGGAAGGGAUUGUAUUUGUAUAUCCUUGCACAGAGAGAGGUGGGGAGUGUGUGAAGGACAAUCUGAGCACUCACAGUCAAGGAUCUGAGGGGCAACUGGCCUGUGAAUGUAGAGUCAACUGGGUGCCCAGUGACAAGGAAUACAAGCUAAAGCAUCACAUUGAAAAACCCAGAAACUCCCCUUUCAACAAUCUUGCUGGGAAAUAGUUUUGCUGUGGAAGAGUCCAUGGCUCUUUCCCAAACCCUUGGCUGUCCUGCAACAUCAGUUCCCCAGGUAAUUUCCCCAUGGGAUGUUUUACACCAAAGCAGGACAAGGCAGAAAGCAUCUCACUGGAGGUGGGGAAGGAAGGAAAAGAAGAAUUUUACUGAGGACACCUUUUUUUUUAGUCCGCAACUCAUUGACCACAUCAAAGACUGUAAGUGUGAAAGGCAUGAAGAGCUGUUUUGUGAUAUUUCAAAGCCUGCAUUACUGGUGUAUCCCUGCACUUACCUCCAAGAUGAAAUUCCUAUUCUGCUCCUGCUUGGAAGAAGUCACAGUUCAGGAUUUCUGAGUAAUUUUCUGGUUUGGCCCUGUUCCUUUUGAUCCAGCUUUCAUGGAUAAAAAUUCACUGCUACAGGAGCUAUGGAGGUGAAGGUGACCGGACUUGGUGUUCUCUCCUAGGCCCCCUUGUUCAGUGUACAGAGAUCCCUAUGGAGGUGAAGAAGAAUGAGUAUAAAGGAAAUUCAGGGCAGCAAAAGACAGGGUAAGGACUGAAGUGUCUUCCAUACUGUGAUGGAAAAAGCAGCAUCAAUCCUAAAAGCAAAGGAACAAACAGCUCCAGCGUCUGCUGCUUUAGCAGAAGUAGGUCCUGUUUAUAUCAGCGUAAGAUCUGCAGAUCACAGCAGGAGUUAACCACAGCAUUCCCAAAAGCUCUUAUGUGACUUAAGUCCAACUUGAUGGCAUCCAUUUUCAGAAAGCAGAUGCUGCCCUCUUUUACACUGGUGCAAUUCUGGAAUAACUCCACUGACGUCAGUGAAGUGACUCCAAAUUUAUCCCUGGUGAAAGCAGAAUUGGACCACAAUCUUUUUGUUUGCUUAUCCACUCUGGUGUUCUCAGGAAGGUGCACCAUUGCCAUACCAUAAGGGGAAGUCAUACCUCUCUGUGAUGACCUUCCUUCUUCCUGGGAAGUCCUCGCUACCAUGAGCUCCCUGGAAUCAUUGGAACAGUGCAUUGCACCUAAUUUUGAGAAAAGUCUUGAGCCAGCUCUACUACAGCUUAACCAGGUUAUCUGAUUUGGAUGCGGAAAUCAACAGAAAUGUAUGAUCUUCAACAACUUUUGUUGAAUGGAAGGUCAGAGCAGUUGGUAACAAUGGCCACUCUGGCCUGAAGAGCACAAAAAUCUGCAGGGAAAAGCUUACAUUAAAGAAACUUCAGUGAGGGAAUUUUGCUUUGAAGAUCAGCACAGAUUUAGCCUGCAAAUCGGAUUUCUCACAGUUCUGGUGAACUCGAAGCAAGCAGGCCAUACAUUUUGUUGGCAGAGCUGUCUUAGGAAACUUUUUGAAAAGCUGGGUUCUGGAUGCUGCAAGGCUGUCAGGAUGCUGCAAAAGACAUUGUUGCAUCUUCUUACCGCAGAGUUGGAGAAGUUUCUCUGUGUGCAGGGAAUACAACAUGUAUGGACAGGAAACUGGUUUCCUUGGUUUGUGGUUUUCUUGUUGCUGUUCUUUUUUAAGGGAUUAACACUCUUAGUUUCAGGAAACUGAAACUAGAUUUGAACAGGGAUUGGAGGGAGGAGGCAGGGUGAAUCCCAUGCAAGAGUCAAAUUUGUCUUGUUUCUGGGAGAACUAAAUAAAGCUGAAUUCAAUUGCCAGUGGCUAAAUAACAGCAAUUUAUGAACUGUUCAUCAAAAGCCCCAGUCAAGCACUGAGUACUGUGAGAAGCUGGAAAUUGACGCUGGGCACCUCCAAAAGACUCCGUUGCUGAAACUUAUUUUAAACCUUUUUCAAGUGGAGGAUCUAGUCCUGGCAAAUGCAUAAAGUCAGCCCUUUUAAGAGCAAAUAGCUUUCUCUAGAGAAUCUAACAAGCAGCUAAAGUCUGUCCGUUUGUCUGCCUGUCUUUUGGCCUUGGAUUACUGUGCUAUUUCAAAGUGUGUUUUCAUAACUCAUAAGUGGUAGAUGUUUCACAUAGCUCUACAAGUAGUAAUCAUGUUUGUGCGUAAUAUCCAAUAUCUAAGGGAUGGGCCCAAACCAGAAGUAUUUCUUGUUUACCUAUGAAGUGUCCUGCUUUAGCGUAUGUACAGUCAGUUCUUGUGGUGAACAUGUGAGUCCAUUGCUGCUCUAAAGGAGGUAGUGACUUAGUUUCAGUGGCUGUAGAGAGUUUCACUGAAAUAGCACUAUUUGUAGUCUUUCAUGUGAUUUAGAAGGCACAAUAGCAAGACAGUUCUGAAAAUGUAAUAUAAUUGUUUGCAGAGUUCUAAGAAAAUGCUCUGAAGUCUUCUCCCAUUGUACCAUUGUGAUAAAAAACUGUUGCUUUUCAAGCUCCACAAGUCCAUGCUGUGUAGUGCUGAAACUGAUAGAAAACCCAAUUAGCACUGGAAAGUGAAGGGCAGAGUGGGCUACUCUGGCCUGGAAUCCCCUCCCUUUGGCAGUAGGAAAGGUCAGUCAUGCAGCCAAAUGCCUGUAACCAAACAUGGAUCCACCCUGUGUGUGUUGCCAGCUCUCUGCAUAGGAGAGUGGAAGGAUGGGUAGAAAGAAUGGAUUCUGGAAGGGGAGAGGCUGAGAGGAAGAGUGGAGUAAAAGAUACCCUGAGCAUGACAGCUGGGAUUUUCGGAAGGUACUCUGCUGGAUGCUGGGCAUCCAACUUCCCUAAGACUCUCUAUCAAUACACUCUCUACAUUUUCAUGAAUGGCUUUUGGCCUGUUUGUCAAUCCUCACAGUCAUUGUGUGAGGGAGAAGAGAUAGAAGGCAGCUCACUCUAAUUUGGCAGCUCUUGGCACCUGGAACAGUCUAGGACUGUAAUAUCUCCUCGUGGCUGUUGGCUGAGGGUCUGAUCCUCUGAUGAGCUGUGACUUCCUUACUACCAGUGACUCAAAACAGGUUUAUAGGACUGGGCUUACAGAAGGCCUAAGGUGCCAGAUCCAAAGAUGUUUUUGGAGCAGGUCUGCUUAGUAGUCCUCAGUAUGGAUAUGAGCACACAGUUCUUUGGAGGCAACAUUCACUCCACAUUCAUAUUGUUUGGGACUUUUCAGAGUGUAAGAUGCCUUUAGUAAGGUGUGAAUAUACUGCAGAAGUCUGUGGGUACCUUUCAGAUAUAUGGCAGGCAGGUCAGAGACUUUAGACCAUACUGUGUGCCAGCACAAACAGCAGGGAUGUUAGUUACAGGAUAGCUUUGCUUUUGCUGUGAAACCUUGCUGAAACGAUGCAUUAUCUCAAGGAAGACAGUUGGGAUUUGCAGGCCAGAUCAUGUGAAUAAAGAAUUGCAUAUCCCCUAUUGAAACUAGUCUGAUUUAUACAGGUAUGGUCCAAAAUUUCUGAGAAAUUGUGGAUGGUAGGGGUUUUUGUUUGUUUGUUGCACCGAAAACUUGAAGCCUUUCAAAUAAAGUAUGUGAGAUAAACAGAUGGAGCAUGUGCUUUAGGCUGUUUGCUGGAUUCAGACUUUGAGCAUACAAGUGCUUUGUAGACAAUACUACACAGUAGUAGAAGAGGUUAUUGGGCUUGGAAGUUGACCAAGGAGACAGGACUCAGCUGAGCUUUGAACAGCAAUCAUUGUCCGUUUUGGUGAUGCCAUAAUAUGUGCUUGACUCGAACCCAAUGUUGCACAGGCCAGAACGUGAUGAAACCACGUAACUAGAUAUUUGUGAUUGUUCCUACCAGUGUGAUCCACUGUUAAAUAGGCUAGACAUAUGAAUAAAAUCAAUAUUUUUUAAA